AUGGUGUGGAAAGGAGCGAACAACACCACGCGUCAGACCCACAUACCGGUAUUUGUAGCAAUUGUCGGGCACUGUUUGUGUCAAAGUCCAACAGCCAUGAGCAUCAGCGUCAGUCGAGAGUCCAUUUCUAAGCUCAUGGGUGAGCUUGUCGAGGGCUUUCCCGUCGAGGGCGACGGUCGUGCAUCCAUUUCAGACUUUGGCAAGCUUCUUUUCACUGAGGGCCAAAGUAAUAGUAGUAGUAGUAUGGGCACCACUAAGAUUGGCCAAUCGAACAAGAUGACAGUAGCUACUUCAGCGGGCAAUAGCGCGAUGACUCAGUCGCAGACUGGAAGCAAGCGUGUGUUUACAGAGAUCAAGGGCGUGCCGCGUCAGAAACAGCAUGAUAUUAUGAAAAUUAAAGACAAAGCUGUACCCAAGCGCUGGACACCUGAAGAAGACGACAAGCUCCGCGAUGCUGUUGGUCGCCAUGGUGAGCGUAAUUGGAAGUCUAUUGCUGAAGAAGUGCCUGGUCGUAACCACACGCAGUGCUUACAAAGAUGGACGAAGGUUUUGGCUCCUGGACUUGUCAAGGGUCAUUGGCGACCAGAAGAAGAUGAUUUGCUUAAGGAACUCGUAGCUGAGGGUCGUAAAAAUUGGGGCCAAGUGGCUACACGCAUCCCUGGCCGCACAUCAAAGCAGUGUCGAGAGCGGUGGUACAACCACUUGGAUCCAAGUAUCAUUCGUGGCGAGUAUACACCCGAUGAAGACCGCAUGAUUCUCGAUGCACAGUCCAGAUUGGGUAAUCGUUGGUCGGCCAUUGCCGCUAUGCUGCCAGGUCGUACAGAGGAUGCCGUUAAAAUCCGCUGGAAGUCACUUUGUCGCGUACGAAAAGGGCAAGGUCGCCGAGGACAGAGCGAAAAAGGCAAGAUGACUUCCAAAGGAGGAAUGAUUUCAGGUCAGAUGAUGCAACAAGGUUCUAGCUUUGACAAUGGCAUGGUUAAGAGUGAAGAAGUUGCAGCUUUUUCAGUGCAUUCACAGCAACAUACAGGACCACUGGUUCGACUUCCCAAUGGGCAUAUGGUGCCAGCUACCACGCCACAUCACGCUUCUAUAAUAGGAGGAAUACAUGGAAAUGGUAGUAUGUAUCAUAGUGAUAUGAGUGGCGGUGGAUAUGAUCCGACCAUGGUACAUUACCGGAAGCCUGCAAUGCAGUCACAUGUUGGAAACCAUGUCUAUGAACGUCAACAUUCAAUACCUCCAGGACACUCGCAUGACUAUCCAGUUGACCAUCGGUCGAACAUGACCAAUAUGCCGCCAAAUGCCAUCCCAUUACCUUCUCAUACUCAAGACGGGUAUCGACAAGAAUAUCAAAGUCCAUCUGUAGCAUACCCAUCUGCUGUAAGUGGUAGCAUGUACGCUUCGGGAUCAUCAGCUCCUAAUGGAGGAAUGAACAAUGGACAAAUGUAUGGAAACGCAUCAAUGAACAAUUAUCGUGUCGGAGGAGGAAUGUACAAUGAUACCCAAAUACCUUCACACCAUCCAAUGUCUCAUUCAUCGCACUCUCAAAUGAUGUCAUAUGAAUAUGGUAUGAAUUCGUCAUCGAAAUCCAUGGAUCGCGAAAACUCGUCAAGCCACACAAUGAGUUCAAGUAGUAACUCUGUUUCCAAUCCUGCUGCAACCUUUGCCCAACGACAGCAUCAACCGCACCAAUAUGCGGAUCGACCAGUUCCUGUUCCCCAUCACAUUCCUCGUCACUUUCCGCAUCACGAUCAUUCAAGCUCAAUGCAUCGUCACGAAAAUGAUCAAUCUGACCGCGAGAAGGAGCCACGUCAACAACUCCACGUGAAACAAUUGAGCUCGAUCGGCGGAGUGCAACCAAAGGAAGAGCCACGAAGCGGUCAAAUGCAAGCGACCUCUCAUCAUCCGGUCACGCAUAAUCCAGCUGCAAUGUUUGCUCGUAGCCAAAUCACCAAACCGUCUUCUAAUGGAAAUCCAGUCGCUGCAUUUUUGCAUAUGCAGCAACACCAAACGCCAAAGGACCAGUCCAGUGCUUCUAGUAAAUUAGCUCAAGCUGGUCCAGUUAAGCCUUUCAACCCUGCUGCAGCUUUUGCUCAGCGUUUUCAAGCAGGCCAAAGACCUCCAAUACGCAGCAGUAAUUCCGGAUCUACAAAAUCUAAUGACGAUACGGCAGACGACGAGGACGACGGAGAAAAUGGACGGAGGAUGAAAAAAGUGAGACCAAGACUCAGUAUUGAUGCAGCUCGAGCAUCCGCAGCUCGACGAUUGCGUAGCUCAGGAAGUAGCGAGAAUUUGGCUGGUCGCGGAAGUUUAGAUGUUUUUCUGAACGAAAUCGGGGACGUUGGUCGGUUGUCCGAUCUAAAGAUGGACGGAUUUCAAACUCUAGAAGAGUUGUGGCGUGUCUCGGGCGACAUGGAUCGACUUUCUUUAUGA